GUGUUCAUUGUAUGACGAUAUAUGGUUAUAACCUACUCUCUAAGGACAACUCAAGUUAGAAUAAAACACAGUACCUUAGAAUGCAGUAAUGUACAAAAAUGGAGGAAAAGGAAAUCACAAAUGUAUUUGAUGAAUUAUUAAAGGGAAAGUCCUUCAUAACUAAAGAAUUUUACAUUGAGCCUGAAAUAGAGGAGGAAAAGUGUGAAGAUUUUAAGUAUGUCCCAGAGAAGGAACGAGCAAACAAAGUGGAAGAGGUGAAGCCCGUCCAAGGACUUAAGGAGGCACUGUCAUCAAUAGAAAACACAGUGGUGGGGCUUUUUUUCUCUGCUGGAUGGUGUGCCCCUUGUCAGGAAUUUGUUCCUUUACUGAAGGACCUAUAUGAAGAACUACAAAUGAAACGCUGUCCAUUUCAAAUUGUGUUCAUCAGUUUUGACAAGACAGAAGAAAAGAUGAAGGAGUAUUUUAUGGACCAUCAUGGAGAAUGGUUGGCCAUUCCUUUUAAUGACAAAACACUUCGAGAAGCAUUCCGCACCAGAUAUGAUGUUAAUUCCCUUCCGAAGUUAGUGAUCGUCAAAGAUACAGGGGAGAUAAUAACAAACCAAGGCAGAAAAGAAGUACAAGACAGAGGGUAUAUUGGCUACAGAAAUUGGAGACAGGCAGCCAAUCUACGGGACAACGGAACACUUCACUUCAGCUCAAUAUCAAAAGCCAAACCUACGCUCUGAUGCAAAGGACAGUGAUGUCUGAAAGACUAGAAUCUAUGGACUUCUGUUAAAUUGUAUUUAUUAAAUAAAGUUGCCAGUAUAUAUACAUAUAGUUGUAUACAGAGAGACAUUAAAUUUUUCAAUCAGCUGGUGAAGGUAACAGAUUAGUGCCUUGGUUAUUGUUUACUAAUUUAUUUCUUAGGUAACUAAUUUCUUAAAAUAGUGUAAUGAGAUGAAUAAAU